ACUCACAAGUGAAGCAUCUAAAUAACCAAUCGAUACUCCACAAAAGCCUCUCGAAAUUGCCACAACCUGUGUAUCAAUGCUGCCUCAACUUGAACUCCCAUUAUCCGGUGUUUUUCCAUGGAUUCUCUCUUAAUAAAUUCCCCAUAUACAGCUCUGGCUUCUUCUAAAACUCUUAACUCUAACAUCACUUCUUUCAAUCUUUCUUCUUUUUGUUUUUUCAGAUUCAAAAGACCUAACAAAUUGAAAACGUCUUCAGUUACUGUUUCAUACUUGAAUCCUCAAAACCCCAAUUCAGAAUGGCAAAAUCACAGCUCAUACUUAAAACCCUUUUCGCUUCUACUUCCAAUUUUCAAGAAAGUUAAAAACUUUGCAGAAAAGAAUAGAUGGGGCUCUGUUUUUAAAGGUUGUAGUGGCACUGAGAAUGUUCCUGAGGAGCUUAGAGGGGAUUUGUUGCAAAAUGGAAGUUUUGGGAUGGCUCUUUUGAGUAUAACUGCAACAGCUAAAGUGAAGAUAAGUCCAAUUGUAGCUACAUUAGCUGCUAACCCAACGUUUGUUUCGGGGUUUAUAGCUUGGUUUAUGGCACAGUCAAUGAAGGUCUUUUUGAAUUUCUGUGUGGAGAGGAAGUGGGAUUUUAGGAUUAUGUUUGCUUCUGGAGGAAUGCCUUCUUCCCAUUCAGCCUUGUGCACGGCAUUGACUACCUCAGUUGCUAUUUGUCAUGGAGUUGCUGAUUCAUUGUUUCCCGUUUGUUUGGGAUUUACUUUAAUUGUGAUGUAUGAUGCUAUUGGAGUUAGACGGCAUGCCGGGAUGCAAGCAGAGGUUCUCAAUCUGAUCGUUGAGGACUUAUUCCAAGGGCAUCCCAUCAGUCAAAGAAAGCUAAAAGAACUUCUUGGCCACACCCCAUUACAGGUUUUUGCUGGAGCUUUGCUUGGUAUUAUGGUUGCUUGGAUGUGUAGCCAGGGUUAUUUAAUUGCAAUCUGAUCAGCUUCAGCAGUUAUACUUGCCAUUACAACUGUACAAGAAGCAGUCACUUUUUGUGUGAACAGUUGAUGCCUAUGGUUCAUUCCCAAGUAAAAGGAUAAAAUAUUCUGCAGCCAAUUUAAUUUGUUAGCCUUCUGAAUUUGUACUCUAGUGUAUACUCAAGCCUUUAGGAUUUAGUGAUCUGCUAUUGAUUUUGUCUAUUGCAUAGUACUUGAUUUUCUCAGGUUAGAAAACUUUAUCAUUGUGGAGAGAGUAUUAUGGCACACUCCACGGAAUCAGAGUGAUUCAUGCCUUUCAAGACUCACGUUUUUAUUUUCAGUUUGCUUUCAUCUGUAUUCCUCUUUGUAACUGUAUCUAUCUGACUUUGAAGUACAUGAUGAAGAAGAGUGAUUUGCAGUGAUGUCGACAUUAAACAUAAAGGAUCUCUUGGCUAA